AUGUCAGACUCCACCACCACGGAACAGCAACCGGCAGCAUCGCCGUUUACCCCGACAUUCGCCGCCGCGGCCUGCCACCUGUAUCCCCGCCGCGAGCCAUUCGAUCAUGGACUUCUCCCCAUCCCCAAACUCAUCUUCACUGAUGGCGCGCAGACUCUGUCUCAGCUCAAAUCCUCCCUCCUCUUAUCCAGUUCAGCGGAGCGAGUCGACAUGGACACACUGGCCCAAGCCCUCCAAAUCCCCGUCGAACACGUGCGGCUUCUGAUAGAGACGAUUUCAUCCGUUUUGCGCGACGAGUUCGAUCCACUUGUGAAAGCUGCUAAAUCGACGGAUGGGGUCGAUAAAAUUGGUGUACAUAUUUAUGAUUUGCUUAUGUUUCUGUACAUACAGAGUUAUAAGAGGUUGCUGCCUAAAGGGCAUAGGGAUUCUGCAGCCGUGGCUGAUGUUUGGCCAUCUACGUUGGCUUUCGAUGGCUCCCUGUAUGAGCCUGAUCGGCCUUCACGCCUUUUGGGCUCACAGGCUGAGCUCUAUCUGGGAGCUGAAAGUUUCUCUUCUUGUCAGGUUUUAUCCUUGGAUAAAUUUGAGCAUCUCGGAUUUCUGCUUUAUUUUGGAGAAAAGGGAUCCAUUAGAAUCCCUUUUGAGCCAGAGUACUCAACUUUUCGCAAAUUCGGACCCAGUUCAGACAUGCCUGCUGCUCCUGUUCCUGCAUCACAAGUUCUUGACUGGCUUCUCCAAAUUAUAGCAUCUACCCUGGAAUUUAUUGCUGAUAGGGUUUCACCAAAAGAUAAUAUACCAAGUAGUUCUUCUGAUGAAGAUGUUCAGAGGUCUGAUGCUGGCACAAGUCCAUCGAAACCCUCAAGCAGUUCCAGAGGUCCAAGUUUCAUUGAUGGAUUCUCUAAAUCGUCGUGUGUGAAACAAGCAUCUGAUCUUAAAGUACAUCUGCAAAGGUCGUAAAUUGCCACGAAUCUGUAAUUUACAUUUUGGCGCCACUGAAAUAUGCAAGUCUAUGGAUGCUCUGAUGCAACCAUUGUCAUUGGUGCUGUUGGCAAGGCCAUUAGGGUUGAGCGUUGUGAACGUGUUCAUCUAAUUACUGCAGUAAGACGUAUCUGCAUUGCUAGCUGUCGUGAAUGUGUCUUCUUCCUAGGGGUCAACCAACGACACCUUAUUGUUGGCGAUAAUCAUAAAUUGCAGGUUAGUCAGUGGUUAGUCCAUAUUAAUACUACCUUAUGCUUCAAUAUGAUUGAUAGUUUGUUAUGAUAUAAUUUUUCUGGUCAUGAAACUUUUUAUCAAAUUUAUGCAUGCUCUCAAAUUAUGUGUGGGAGAUACCUUAGUCCAUACGGAAUGACAAGGUUCUAGGCCGGCCAUUGGCAUCCAAUUUUUGACCGAUUCCAUUUUUCUAGGCCUAAAAAAUUGGUUAUUCAAAUACUCAAUGGUAGAUCUAUAGAUACGUAACGCGAUAGCCCUGUGGGCAUGUAAAUUUAAUAGAUACUUCAAAUCUAGAAAAUUUAACACUCUCAAACUUAUUAAGUCUCAGGGGAUCAAAUAACAAAUACAGAGUCCUUGUUCCCACUAAAAGUAGCAGAAAAGGGAAACAAGGGCAUCACAUAAAAUGUCUGACAUGCGAUUUAACUUAUCGAAUUUGCAAGCUUUUUAGAGUGACCAGUGCAUAUGGUGAUCUGGGGAAUCAAACCCCCUCGACUGCUCCAUCUCAUCAUGGUAACGCUCGCUGCUCGACUGAGCCAAUCCGAGCCCACCACUAAACUGACUGUUAGAACUCUGAGAAAAUGCAGCUAAGCCCAUAUCCGAACUCAUCUCUUGCACGGGGCCACUGCCUUGAUUGCCCUUGAAACUCCACGGCCCGCUUGGAAAUUGACCAAUAGCGGACCCGAUAAAAUCGUUUGUGCCGAAGCCCGAGGCUUGUGGUUGGGCCCUCGGGCUCCAAGAUGUGUUUGACAGAAGAGAGAGAGCACCAGGGUUGGAAUUCGAAACCCCAUUGAAACAUCCCUCUGGAGGUAUUUCGGGCCGUGGGUUCGGGCUCUGGAGGAGAUUAGGGCGCGUGUUACUCGGCCACGAAAGAUCAUAUUUCUGUGGGAUGGCUGAUUGAUUUCCUAGGACUCGUUCAGAGCUUAUGUUCGGCCACGAGUCUCUUCCACUCAUGUUUGAUGGGUAGCUGCUAAAGUCCAUCACGAAUCCUCCAGUGUGCCUAUGGUUAUCAUAUGUGGAAAGUGAGCCAUAACGUGGAGACAUGAGAGGUCCCGAAGGCGGCUUUCUCCUUCGUUCGUUAUGCCCUGCGAGCCGCCUCCGGCAACUCCGUUUUCCUUGGUCGAAUUCCGGCAGCUGAUGAAACCUACACAAGAGGAUAUAACCGAAUUCCAAUUGUUACCCAAAAACUAUAGAAGCUUAUAUAACGGAAUUAGGCUACGUUCGAUGGAAUUAGGCUACGUUCGAUAAAACUAGCUGAUAGCUGAUAAGUUAUAGACGAUGGAAUUAGGCUACGUUCGAUAAAACUAGCUGAUAGCUGAUAAGUUAUAGACGAUAAUUUGUCGAC